ACCACUUUGAAUACAGCGUGAAGGACCAAAAAAAAAUGAGCACACAGUACAGCAUCCUGUUCAAGCAGGAACAUGCUCAUGAUGAUGCCAUCUGGACAGCAGCUUGGGGCAAAAGUGAAGCGGAUGGCUCAGAAACAAUCAUCACUGGUUCACUAGAUGAUCUGGUCAAAGUCUGGAAAUGGUCAGACGAGAAGCUGGAGCUGCUGUGGACUCUGGAGGGCCACCAGCUGGGAGUCGUGUCUGUAGACAUCAGUCACAACGGAGCCAUCGCUGCCUCCAGCUCCCUGGACGCACACAUCCGUCUGUGGGACCUGGAAUCAGGAAAGCAGAUUAAGUCCAUGGAUGCUGGACCAGUUGAUGCGUGGGCUGUGGCCUUCUCUCCAGACUCUAAAUAUGUUGCCACAGGAAGCCACCUUGGCAAAGUGAACAUCUUCGGUGUGGAAAGUGGCAAGAAGGAGUACUCCCUGGACACUCGAGGGAAAUUCAUCCUGAGUAUAGCUUAUAGCCCCGACGGGAAGUAUUUAGCCAGCGGAGCCAUUGAUGGGAUCAUAAAUAUCUUCGAUAUCGCUACUGGAAAGCUUCUCCACACACUUGAAGGUCACGCCAUGCCCAUCAGAUCCCUAACCUUCUCCCCAGACUCCCAGCUGCUGGUCACAGCCUCAGAUGAUGGAUACAUCAAAAUCUAUGACGUACAACACGCCAACCUGGCCGGCACGCUAAGCGGUCAUGGAUCCUGGGUUCUUAAUGUCGCCUUCUCUCCGGACCACACCCACUUCGUCUCCAGCUCAUCAGACAAGAGUGUGAAGGUUUGGGACGCCGGCUCCAGAGCUUGUAUCAACACAUUCUUUGACCAUCAGGACCAGGUGUGGUGUGUCAAAUACAACAGCAACGGCUCCAAGAUCGUCUCAGCCGGAGAUGAUCGCGCCAUCCACAUCUACGACUGUCCUCUGUGACGAAGAAUAUUCAGACGACGGUUUCCAAUAGAUACACCAGGGGGAGCGAAAGUGUUAGAUUGUUUUGCACUGAAAUAAAUGACUUUUUGUUA